AUGGAUGAGCACACUUGCUCAGGCCACGACCAUGAUCGUGGACGGGAUCACGACAUCGUAACCAACACACUCGCACGUCAACACCCCACCUCCCCACCCGCAUUGCCCCCGCCGCUGUUGCUUGACCGGCCCGCGAUGCAAGCAAUCUCAACACCCAUACCGCUCCCCCCGCUUCCGGAGUCACCGCUAGCCACAACUUCUCCGGCUUCAGUCCCGCGGACGACCGGCUUCCAGUCGUAUAGUGGCAGCCCGUCCAGCUCAUCGAGUACAUCGAACACAGCCAAGGUCACACGCAGCGAACCACCCAGCGUCCGUACGGUCACACCAGAGCCCAUGGAAAAGCGCAAGGCAGCGCCACUCGAUCCGCUGGACACAAGCGGUCCGAACACAGGCGCCCCCGUCCCUGUGAUCCGGCCCUUUGGGUCCAUGUCACCCCAAACCUCGCCAAGAAGCAUUCCCGGUGCCAGCAGCACCUUGUCUCACCACAGCAGCACAGGCAGUCGCCGUCAGGGUGUUGUGUUCAGUGAUGCAGUUGCUGGAUCCUUCGACAGCACCUCAUCCAGUCCUCCUCCCCGUCCCGCCUCCUACCGUGUCCGGACGCAUACCAUGGACGGGGCUUCCCCUUUCCGCGAUUUCCAAACACCAGGCAUUGCGUCCGAACCCAGACAUCGGGUCUUCUCAUGCUCUUCAGCAGGUUCAGGGGACAAUCAGCGAGGGCCUGCGCUGAUGCAAAGUCCCUUUGAAUCACUAGGGUUCCCUUCAAUUACUCCAUACCGCUCUGCCGAACCGCCGCCGACGAUGCCUGCAGCUAUAGCUGCGCUGACUGCAUCUUCGUCCGCGACAAGCGUCAUGUCUAUAGGGACCAUUAUGCCUAUCAUGCCAGUUGCAUCCGUUCCGGCAAAAGAGAAGAAGUCGAACCGCCGUCUUACCAAACGUACAUCCCGCCCCACGUCGCCCAUCGUCUCUGCACCGCCUUCUGUGGAUUCGCUACCGGUCCCGAUGCCAACGGAUGAUGCUAAUAAGGUGCUUAUGUUGAUGAAGACGUUGUGUGGCAGGAUGCGUGGCGAGAUCGAAUACCGAGAUUCGGACGAUGGGCCGUGGAGUCAAGGCAUCUGCUACAUCGAGGAAGAGAAGGGAUGCCUGAUGUUCGAUGCCGGUAAGCAAGGCCUGUUUCAGACAGCCAUCGUCUCUGAUCUUCGCGGUUGUCGCAUCUGGCCGGUACGGCAACCAGGGACGAACAUCCGAUAUUUGGCAUUGUCCAACGCACACACUUCUGCCGAGAUUGCCCUUCGACCUAUGGUCAGCGCCGAAUUCGAUCUCUGGCUGGCUGCGUUGCUGUGUUGGCAGCAGCUCUCUCCAGCACCCGGGGCUACGUCUCCGACAAUGCCUUGGGCUUCUGGCAGCCGCUCGGUGGCAUCACCGACAAGUGAUCCGAAAAGCCGAGGGCCGAAUGGGAAGCCGAAGGAUGGGGCCAUUAUCAAGGUCGGCAAAGUUCUCUUUUGGGACAAGGGGAUUGCUACCUCGCCGCGUGCCAUUGUGAAGCGGCCGUCGACGCGGGACCUGAGAUCCUCGCAGAGCGCAUGGCGACGCGUCUCCUGCAUCCUGCAGGGAAACGGAGAGUUCAAGCUGAUGACAGAAAACGACGUAACCAUCCUAUCAGUGAUUGAGCUCACGCAAUUGGCUCGUUGCGCCAUACAGCAGCUGGACAAGUCCGUGCUUGACGAGGAGUAUUGCAUUGCCAUAUUCCCCAUAUACGCGACCACAUCUACACAUCUAUCCAUCUUUCGGCCCGUCUACAUUGCCCUCGACUCCCGAGUGGCUUUCGAAGUCUGGGCCGUCCUGCUCUGGGCGUUUGCCGUUCCGGACAUUUACGCCAUAGACAAGACAAACGACGACGUUUUCUACGAAGUAGCCGCAGCACACAUGGAAGACAAUAUUGGAGAACAGCAGCAUUAUCAGCUUUUCCGACUCGAAAAAUCACUGAGGCUGAGAAUCACGGAAGCAAAGAUCAAGACCCGUGGGUCAGCAGAUGUCAUCAGCAGCUCUGUUGAUCGCCACGAGCGUCAAGGGAAGGGAGAGCCAACCGAUCCGCUCGUCGGGAACUAUCUGGCUGAGGUCAUCUUGGACGGAGAAGUACGCGCGCGCACAACGGUAAAGACCGACACCAAAAAUCCAUUUUGGCGGGAGGACUGUGAGUUUUCUUACCUCCCGCCGGUUCUGCCAUACCUUUCUGUCGUGUUGAAGCGGGUGGAGGGCAACCUGGACAGCCACACGCACCAGCUACAAGCCUCGCUCGGUCUACCGAAAUCCGGCAACGUAAAGGAGCUCAUGUACGGUGCUGUCGACAUCCCCCUGAAUAAUCUAGAGCGCGGCAGGGAGCACGAACAAUGGCUGCCCAUAUACGAUGAUCGGCCGCAGGCCAUUGGCUCCAUGCUGGUCAAAGUGCACCACGAAGAAUUGGCAGUUUUGGCAGAGCAGCAGUAUAAGCCACUUCUGGACCUCUUGCACAACUUCAGCUCCGGGCUCACUCUCCAGAUCGCCUCAGUCCUGCCGGGUAGCCUGAGGCGGAUUGCCGAAGUGCUCCUGAACACAUUCCAAGUCACGGGCAAAGUAAGCGACUGGAUCAUGGCCAUGGUCGAGGACGAGAUUGAUGGCAUAGGCAACCAGGUGACAAUGAAAAAGAUUCGGUUCAGCAAGAGGCUGAGGUCAAGCGAUUCGAUCGAGUCAGCCAGCGAUCGUGACCAGAUAGUGCGCGACAUGGGACGAUCGCUCCAGGGAGAGGCGAACCUUCUCUUCCGCGGCAACUCGCUACUGACACAGGCUCUGGAGUUCCACAUGCGGCGUCUGGGACAUGAGUAUCUCGAAGAGGUUCUGUCGGACAAGAUAUUCGAGAUCAACGAGAUCAACCCGGACUGCGAGGUAGACCCGGGCAAGAUCAACCCCGGCGACGACAUAAACAAGCACUGGGAUCGGCUCAUGCAACUGACGACGGAAGUGUGGACAUGCAUCACAUCGUCAGCAACCCGAUUUCCGGCCGAGUUGCGACACAUUCUCAAGUACAUUCGUGCGGUAGCCGAAGAUCGAUAUGGAGACUUUCUGCGCACCGUCUCGUAUACGAGCGUGUCUGGGUUUCUCUUCCUGCGCUUCGUGUGUCCUGCGAUUCUAAACCCGAAGCUAUUUGGCCUCUUGCGAGACCAUCCCAGGCCUCGCGCGCAGCGGACGCUGACGCUCAUCGCAAAGGGCCUGCAGGCCCUGGCGAAUAUGACGAUGAUCGGGAGGAAGGAGACGUGGAUGGAGCCGAUGAACCGGUUUCUGGGAGCACAGAAGCAGUCUGUCAGAGACUUUAUCGACGUGAUCUGCUCUAUACCGGCAGAGAAGUCAAACACGCCGGUUGUGUUGCCUCCGUCUUACUCUACCCCCGUCACAAUCAUGGGCCGCCUCUCCUCGGUCGCUCAGGAAGGCUUUCCCAGACUGCCAUAUCUCAUAGACCUUCCACGGAACCUAGCUGCUCUGGCCAAGGUCUGGACCGACGCCCACCCGCCAUCGGCACCUUCCAGCCACUUCUUCGACGGAGAACUGGAGGAGUUUAACGUUAUCUGCCUGGAACUUCAGACCAAGUCGGAUGAAUGCUUUGCUCGUGCAGAUUCGCUCCGACAAGCUCCAGAGACGUCCAGUCAGACGACAGAAGAUGCCCUGGUGGAUGCCGUUGACAAAGUCAAUCUAGCAGACGGCAUCAACCUAUCAUAUGGCAGUGUGCCUGCUUGGUUGGAAGAUGGUGGCGAGUUCAGCAGCAGCUACAACGCCUUCGGACCUCGUGGGGGAGCAGGGAUCAUUCCGCCAGGAUCCUCUGGAAGCGAUGUGGACGAGCAUCCGGGACGGGACCGGAAGAACCGGCAGGCAGAAGGCAGCUUUAGCAAUGGGCCACCGCUGGCCGAAGGCGCCGGUGCGACCAAAAGUCUGCGGAACGGGAAACAGGCGAGGAGGUUCCUCAGUGGUAUUAUCAGUCGCAAACGGACGACGAGUCCAGACCAUUUUGGAGACGGCGCCCUUGUCGGAACCUUGCGAGGACGAGAUCGAGACCGAGAUCGGGGCCGGGAUCAGGGCCGAGAGCCAGGUGUGGACCAGCCAGACCGAAGCCAAGACCAGGAGACGGAGUGCGACGACAGCUACGAGCGCGAGCGGGAGGCCAAUCCGGGUCGGGAGAAGAAAGAGGACAGAAAGGAAGACAAGAAGUGGGAGAAAAAGGAUGAGAAGAAGGACGAGAAGAAGGAGCAUCGCAAGCGGGAUCGCGAACUGAAGAAAAGCCGCGGGCGAGCCCAUAAGCGGGACAGCAGCAAAGACAAGAGCCAGAGCCGCGGUUUUGUCUUUAGCGAACCAUGGGGCAGCUCGAGCUCGAAAGGGGAAGCUGCCACGAAGGGUAGCCAUACUGCCGCAUGA